AUGCAGAAAAGUUACCCAGAAAGGAAAUUGCAGCGGGAAUGCUUGCUAAGCCCGUCAGACCGCGCGGCGGGGCCACAGUUGCCUGCCGAGGUUGCAACACGCCAACCGUGGGGCGGAAGCUCGCCCGCCCGCCCGCCGGCCGGGCAGCGAGAGGCCGCGGAAGCCGCCUCUGCCAAGGAAGGAGCAGCCCCUGAGAAGACCGGGGAAAGCCUGCUUCUGGAACUGCUGGGAGCCAUGUCUGCCGGGGCGCUGCCAGCUGCAGUCUCCAGCUUCUCGGGGGAGUUCAAGGCAGGGGCGGCCCUGCAGGUCGGCCGGGACAUCACCAUCCUCCUGGUGCUGAGGAACCUGGCUCCCGCAGCCAGGAGCCUGACUGCCAGGGUGACUGUUUGGACCAUCCUCUACACGGGGAAGACGAUGCAUAGGCUCUUGAAGGACGCCCUCCCGGUGACCCUGGGUCCCGGUGAAGAGAAGAGGAUUCCGAUUACGAUCCCAUAUGCUGAAUACAAGCAGCACCUGACUUCCGACAACAUGAUCCAAGCGACUGCCCUCUGCCGUGGAGCAGCAGGCCGCCUCACAGUGGUGAAGGGGGUCUUCGCCCUGGGCAGCCCCCCCAUCCUCAUAAAGGUGCUGGGCCAGGCGAAGGUGGGCGAGGUGGCCAGAGUGGAGGUGACGCUCACCAACCCGCUGGACGAGGACCUGCAGGACUGCAAGCUGCGGGCGGAAGGCAGCGAUUUGACGGUGGACACGGUCGAGAUCGCGCUGCCGCCAGUGAAGGCCCGGGCCUGCUCCCACGUCCACCUGGACAUCGUUCCCAGAAGAAGUGGGACCAAGCACCUGGUCGUCAGUUUCUCCAGUGACAAACUGCAGCACAUCAAUGCCUUUGAGGCCAUUACGGUGGACGAGUGACCGGCACUUGGGCUGUGGCCGCCCAGGUGAUGUCUCCCCCAAGGACAGCGCUCCCUGUCCCAGCUGCUGCCGCCGCCCUGAAAGCUUCGGCUGCUGUGAGGCACAGAGGUCAAAUAAACAGGAAAAUGCAUCGGC